AUGUCGUCGCCCGCCUCCACCCCCAGCCGGCGCAGCAAGCGAGGCCGUGGCAGCAACCCCCCGACUCGUAAGUCGCAAGAUGCUCGGUCUCCGCCUUCGCAGAAGCGACGCACAGACGACUCCACCUCCACCGGAGACCUGCAGCCCAUGCCCACCUCCCCACCCGCUGAGAUCCAGAGCCCCAGCGCCGCCGAUGCUCUGUUCUCUAGCCCCCCGCAGUUUCGCCACUCCGCUAUUCCUCUUGACUUUGACAUCAGUUCCCCUCUGACUUACGGCACACCCAGCUCCAGGGUGGAGGGCACCCCACGAAGUGGAGUACGAGGAACUCCAGUUAGACAGAGGCCAGAUCUUGGGUCUGUCCGUAAAGCCAGACAAGUGGAUUUACACUCAGAUGGGGUAGGUGGUGAGGAUGUAACAACUGAGCAGUCUCUUGGACAGAAGCUUGUUAUUUGGGGAACAGAUGUUAAUGUGGCCUCAUGCAAAGAAAAAUUCCAGAGAUUUCUUCAGCGCUUCAUUGACCCGAUAGGUAAAGAGGAUGAAGAUGUUGGCUUGAAUCUUAAUGAGCCACGUUACAUGCAGCGGCUUGAAGAGAUUAAUAUGGUUGGGGAACCAUUCCUGAAUGUAAAUUGUGACCAUCUAAGAUCAUUUGAUGAAAAUCUUUACAGGCAACUGAUCUGCUAUCCUCAGGAAGUUAUCCCAACUUUUGACAUGGCUGUCAAUGAGAUCUUUUUUGACCGUUACCCUGAUUCAAUAUUAGAACAUCAGAUUCAAGUCAGGCCAUAUAAUGCACUGAAGACGAGGAACAUGAGAAAUCUAAAUCCUGAAGAUAUCGAUCAGCUUAUCACCAUCAGUGGAAUGGUCAUCAGAACCUCCCAGUUAAUACCAGAGAUGCAAGAAGCCUUCUUUAAGUGCCAGGUUUGCUCUUUCACCACCCGAGUAGAAAUCGAUCGUGGCAGGAUCACAGAACCGUCCGUCUGCAAGAACUGUAACACCACACACAGCAUGGCGCUGAUCCACAAUCGAUCCAUGUUCUCUGACAAACAGAUGAUCAAACUGCAGGAGUCUCCCGAAGACAUGCCAGCUGGACAGACCCCACAUACAGUUGCACUGUUUGCUCACAAUGACCUUGUUGAUAAAGUUCAGCCAGGUGAUAGAGUUAAUGUCACAGGUAUCUACAGGGCAGUCCCAAUUCGAGUUAAUCCAAGGGUCAGCAGUGUCAAAUCUGUCUACAAGACCCACAUCGAUGUCAUACACUAUCGCAAGACAGACUCCAAACGCCUGUAUGGUAUUGAUGAGGAAACAGAGCAAAAAAUGUUUACAGAAGAACGCGUCAAAAUGCUGAAAGAGCUUUCUAAAAAGCCAGACAUCUAUGAGAGACUUUCCUCUGCGUUGGCCCCGAGUAUAUAUGAGCAUGAAGAUAUCAAAAAGGGUAUUCUGCUUCAGCUUUUUGGGGGAUCAAGGAAGGAUUUUACUCACACAGGAAGAGGCAAUUUUCGUGCUGAGAUCAACAUUCUUCUCUGUGGUGAUCCUGGUACUAGCAAAUCACAGCUGCUCCAGUACGUGUACAACCUGGUUCCUCGAGGCCAGUACACAUCUGGCAGAGGGUCAAGUGCAGUUGGUCUUACUGCUUAUGUGAUGAAGGAUCCAGAAACACGGCAGCUGGUUCUUCAGACAGGUGCUCUAGUACUCAGUGACAAUGGCAUCUGCUGCAUUGAUGAGUUUGAUAAAAUGAAUGAAAGCACAAGAUCAGUACUGCAUGAAGUGAUGGAACAACAGACUCUCUCCAUUGCAAAGGCUGGAAUUAUUUGCCAACUGAAUGCUCGUACAUCUAUCCUAGCAGCAGCUAACCCUAUAGAAUCACAGUGGAAUCCAAAAAAGACUACUAUUGAGAACAUCCAGCUUCCUCAUACCCUGUUGUCAAGAUUUGACUUGAUCUUUUUAAUGUUGGAUCCACGUGAUGAAGCUUACGACAGACGUCUUGCUCGCCACUUGGUUUCACUGUACUACCAUAGUGAAGAACAGAUGGAGGAGGAAUACAUGGAUAUGGCAGUCCUGAGGGAUUACAUUGCAUAUGCUCGUGGUUAUGUAGCUCCUAGGUUAGGCGAAGAAGCAAGCCAAGCCCUUAUUGAGGCAUAUGUGGACAUGAGGAAGAUUGGCAGUGGGAGGGGAAUGGUUUCUGCAUACCCUCGCCAGCUGGAGUCUCUGAUCCGGCUGGCAGAAGCCCACGCUAAAGUACGCUUCUCUGAGAAAGUGGAAAUCAUUGAUGUAGAAGAAGCCAAACGCCUCCAUCGGGAAGCACUGAAACAAUCUGCCACUGAUCCAAGGACAGGAAUUGUGGACAUAUCCAUUCUCACUACAGGAAUGAGCGCAACAGCUCGUAAGCGGAGAGAAGAGUUGGCUCAAGCCUUAAGGAAGCUUAUCCAGUCAAAGGGUAAAACACCAACUUUGAAGUACCAGCAGCUUUUUGAAGACCUCCGAGCACAGUCUGAUACAGCCAUCACAAAGGAAAUGUUUGAAGAAGCGCUUCGUGCCUUAGCUGAUGAUGACUUCUUGACUGUGACUGGGAAGACUGUUAGACUGCUGUAA